ACCGCACCUACGAGGUGCGCUUUGUCCGAUUGCCGCACCGCGCUUUAAACCGCGCGGCAAUAUCUUCAGGCGCGCACCCUGCUUCCUCCGUCAUUCGCUGUUAGACCGCGGUCGCGGAUGAACCACAAUUCUUCACGAUUAUCACCGAACUAACACGAUCCCAUUGCUGUGGCAGUACUUCAUCGUCGGUCGCGACUUGCAGUGAAUCGAGGAAAAAAACGAGAGUAGUUCUUGCGAGUGGUCAAGGUAAAGUGUGGUAGUGCCCACGCGCCCAAAUCUGGAUACGCCGGAGGACGAGAUAUUUGUAGCACAUGCUGAAAUAACUGCACCUGGGUGUUUAUAAAACGUUAUAAGUCAACCAAAGUGAAAUGUUCAAACCAUGGAUCCUCCUAGGAAUAGCCGUGACCUUGUUCGGUUCUGGAGUAUCCCCGUUGGAUAAUGGACUGGCCAAGACGCCGCCUAUGGGAUGGUUAGCAUGGGAGAGGUUUAGGUGUAAUACGGAUUGCAAAAAUGAUCCAGAUAAUUGUAUUAGUGAAAAUUUGUUCCGGACAAUGGCAGAUAUCCUAGUUAACGAAGGAUAUGCCAGAGCGGGAUAUGAAUACAUAAACGUAGAUGAUUGUUGGCUGGAAAAGGAGAGAAGUGUCUACGGAGAACUAGUUCCAGAUCGAACACGGUUUCCAAGGGGGAUGAAAUCAUUAUCAGAUUAUGUCCAUGCGCGAGGACUGAAGUUCGGUAUAUACGAGGAUUAUGGAAACUACACGUGUGCCGGUUAUCCAGGAGUUUUGGGUUAUCUACAAAGAGACGCUGAAACAUUUGCAUCGUGGGAUGUAGAUUAUGUCAAACUCGAUGGGUGCUACGCACAUCCUUCAGAAAUGGAUAGGGGUUAUCCAGAGUUUGGAUUCCAUCUCAACAGAACCGGCAGACCAAUGAUCUACUCCUGCAGUUGGCCAGUAUACCAGAUCUACGCCGGGAUGCAGCCGAAUUUCUCCCUCAUCACAUCUCACUGCAACAUGUGGAGGAACUUCGACGACAUCCAGGAUUCGUGGGCGAGCGUUGAAAGUAUAAUCGAUUAUUAUGGGAACAACCAGGACCUCAUCGUGCCUAAUGCCGGUCCUGGACAUUGGAACGAUCCCGAUAUGUUGAUUAUCGGAAACUUUGGUCUCAGCUACGAACAAUGCAAAACACAAAUGGCCAUAUGGGCCAUCCUUGCGGCACCCCUUUUGAUGUCCGUUGAUCUGAGAACCAUCAAGCCAGAGUACAAAGCAAUUCUGCAGAACAGAAAAAUCAUUGCCGUCGACCAAGACCCUCUUGGAAUACAAGGCAGGCGGAUAUACAAGCAUAAAGGAAUAGAAAUAUGGUCCAGACCCAUAACACCGCUUUUCCAGAAUUACUUCUCGUAUGCCAUAGCGUUCGUUAACAGGAGAACGGACGGAACACCUUCAGAUGUAGCUGUGACCCUUAAGGAACUUGGACUUACAUCUCCUACAGGUUACAGAGUUGAGGACUUGUAUGAGGACGUAGACUAUGGAGUACUUUCACCGCAAACCAAAAUCAAGGUCAAGGUUAAUCCAUCAGGUGUCGUGAUCUUGAGAGCAGAUGUACAACCGGAUUUUCCAAGGAGGGUACCAUACUACACUACCCCGAAAACUGUAUUCAAUCCACUCCACCAAGUAUUCAGGAUACGAAACAAUAACGGGUUUAGCACUAGAUAAUGACAAAGUUGUAAAAAGGUACUCGAGUCAAUAGAUUAAGUACUUCCCCCAUCCAGUGGAUAUACUGCUUUGUCUGUUUCAGAAGACACAAUAUUUUAACACAAUUAUGCCGUAUUUUGUUUCAAUAUUAAGUGAACAGUGUUACUAUGAAAUGUUAAGGGAUAUUGUAAAUUGAGUAACAUGGUUGUCAAAAUUUUUAACAAGAUAUAAACUGUAUAUACGUGUGAAAGUGCCAAAAUAUGUUCUUAUAUCCACUAUACCAUAUGCAUGUCACGAUUGUCAAGUAUCUGGAUCAAAAUACAGAAUUGUCAAAGCUGAAAGAUAGGUCAGAUCGGCAUACGGCAAUCGGAGGAAGUUGCUUUAAGUAAAUUAUUUUUAGUAGUUUAAGUACAUUUUUAAUGUAUAGUUUAAUUACGAGAAGACAUUACAAAAAAUAAAGCUGUUAAUCUAAGAUGAACUGGUAUUUUUUGUCUGCUAUUGUGAUUGUUACUGAUAGUCCUCGAACGUUUUUGGUCAAUCUGGUACAAGAUAUGGUUCCUUCUACGGUGUCCCCUAAAAAGAUAUCAAUUAUUAAUGCUAUUAUGUGUAGAGACUCAAUUCCGAUUGUGGCUUGAUACUGAAACUUAAUAAUCAAAGAACACGACCUGGGAAUAUUGCAGACAACUAAAAAAAUCCGUUGUGCUAAGCAUCACUAGCAUUCUCUAAAGGUAGUGGCAAUCAACAAAUUCGGGCUAGUUAGAAGAAGCAAGUCUAUGAUUUGUUUAUCUCCAACAACCUGAUGGGCUAUAGUCAGGGUGAAAGUACAAGUCGAUUAGGCUUAAGCCGUUAGUUUAACAUUUGUUUACAUUUCACUCGAAAUUUGUCUUUUUCUGCGAAAGCAUACAAAAAUGCGUGGCUUCCAUACGGUCCUAGUGUUCCAGACAUUUUUCGAAAAUGGUGAAAGUUUCUGUAGAAUGCAAAAAGCCGUUUAAACUGAAUAUCGAUCAAAGGUGUUAAAAUAUUAUAGCACAGUUGUGAGGUAUUUUUAAUUUAUUUCAGUCCACAUCUUGUUUCUUUGAGUGCUCAGUCCGAAUUUAAGGUUUGUUAACGGGAUCGUAUAUAUCUAACAACAUUGAAAAGUGGGGUAUUGGAGACAAACCAAAAAUUUUAAUGUGUAUUGAAAAGGUCCAAAUGAAACUAUAAGUAUUAGUCACACCUAUUUUAAUUUUAAAUCUGAAAGUUCUCAGGAAAGGUAUUUACUUUCACGUUAUAAUAAUAAAAUAAUAUCAAAUUGAAUUACUUCCAAAUUUUUUUCAUUGUUUAUAGUGACAAUGAUAUAAUAUCUGUAAUUUCCAUAUUAGUUCAACUAGGUAUUUGCUUUUAGCCAAGAAUCUCCUCAGAUUACAAAACUAUUUUUUGAAAAACAGCGUGGAAUUCAAGCAAGGUGUCCCACCCAGGUCAAACGUUCCAUAUUAUAAAACAAAAAUGAUAUAAACUAUAAUUUUACCAUCUGGCCUGCAUAAUCAAGUCGGCCAUUGCUUUGCUUAACCCAGUUGUAUUCCAGAAAGUGUGCAUAAAUCAAAAAUAUCUUGAGAAGGGUCACUAUCAGAUGGAAUGUGACUCAUUGCACUCAAAAAUUGAAGAAAGAUUAAAGGGCGGAAAAACUAAUGUCUCAGCUAAUUACGUAAAUAUACGUGAAUCUUGUAAGGCAAAGACCUAAGUCAUACUUAUUUCAAAAACACAUCUGAUGGCUCUAAGAUAUAAUGAAGCAGGAACAGAAAAAAAGGUACUAGGAAGAAUUUCAGCCGCUGCCUAGGUAGGCAUAACGUUCAAAGGGUAUUCCUAUCAAUGAGCUACCAAUUUUGUGUAAUAGCCAGAUAAUGAUUAAAGCAAGUAUGAUCAUUUUAUGUUUUUUUAAUCUGUUGACAUUGAUUACCAUUACCUUUGUGAUAACCUGUAGCAAGAAUAAACCAUUCAAAUAA